AUGCUCCAGGCCACCGUGCUUCGGCAGGCCCCAGCAAUGCUUCGGCAGGCCCCAGCAGCCCUCGGCACCGCUGCUGCAGCGCGGCAGUUCGCAACGACGCCACAGAAACCGGCGGACGAGGAGGGCGAGGAGAGCUACGAGCUGCUGCCCCCCGGCUGCUCCCUCAAGGAUCCGACGUAUGGCAGGAGCUUUGGCGGAAAGCACACCAGCCUGUCCGACCCCGAGAUCUACAAUCAGAAGCCGGUGGAGGACUACCGGCCGCUGAAGAAGCGGCCGCAGAUGCCAUCGCCGCCGCUGAACGUCGCGGCGGCCCAGGCCAAGCUGCGGGAGAGCAAGGAUGCCAAGAAGCGGGCUAAUGACCAAGGGGACGAGGAGGACGAUGACAUCUAUGUGUAUCUUCCGCCUGGCAGCAGCAUGCGCGACCCCGUCUCGCUGCCCAACUCCAUGAGCGACCCGCUGGACAACCGCAAGGUCUACUACCGAGAUCCAGCAACAGCCCCGCCUCAACACUGAAGUAGCUGACGCGUCCGUGCAAUCCAUCUAGUCGCAUUACCCGUGAACCAGCUUGGCCUUCCGGCGGUCGUGGCUCGCGGCUUGGUAACGACCAGUUGGGCAGCCACGACUCGGCGACUCCGCGGCCCCGGCUGGUACGUGAUGGCUUGCAGACUGGGAGCGUGCGCGACGGCAGUGAAGGUAAAAAUUGGACAUUGUAGACGGGGUGAAAACUUGGCAGGCCGAACGCAUGCACAUAAAUGCCGCCCGCUGGCUUUGUCAAUGACCCGUCAGUUUAGUUCUUUGCUCGUUUUCUCUGGGAGCUUUCGCGUUGCUAAUGUUUUGCCUACCCCUCCUUUUGUUGUGUACUCGCUGUAACAAGUACAAUUC